AUGGAAGAGAGGAACCACAGUUUGGUCACCAGCUUCAUCCUCCUGGGGUUCACCACUGACCCAAAGCUUCUCUUGUUCCUGGUGUUCACUUUAGCCUACGUCACCACCCUUGUGAGCAACAUCACCCUCAUGAUGGUGAUAUGCCGUAGCUCCCAUACCCCAAUGUACUUCUUCAUUGGGAACUUGUCCUUCCUGGAUCUCUGGUAUUCCUCUGUCUACACACCCAAGAUCCUGCUGAACUGCAUCUCCGAGGACAAGAACAUCUCCUUCACUGGGUGUGCUACUCAGUUCUUCAUCUCCAGUGGCUUGGCCUACACCAAGUGCUACCUGCUGGCAGCGAUGGCCUACAACCAGUACAUGGCUGUCUCCAACCCACCGCUCUAUGCUGCUGCCAUGUCCAAGAAGAUGUGCAUGGGGCUGGUGGCUGCCUCCUACUCCACCCUCAUUACCAGCCGUAUGUUCACCCUCAGCUUUUGCAACUCCAAUGUCAUCGAUGACUUCUUCUGUGACCCGCCCCCACUAGAGAAGCUGUCCUGCAAUGUGACAGACAGCUACCAGGAACUCCUGUAUUUCUUCCUGACCUCCAAUGUCAUCCUCCCCUCUGCACUCAUCCUCAUGUCCCACGCCUCCAUCCUGGCUGACGUCCUGAAGAUGCGCUCAGUCGAGGGGCAGCGCAAAGCCUUCUCCACCUGUGCCACCCACCUCACCGCUGUCACUCUCUAGUACGGCUCCAUCCUCUUCAUUUACACCCAGCCCAGCUCCACCUACGUCUUGGGGAGGGACAAGAUGGUCUCUGUGUUUUACACAGUGAUGAUCCCCAUGCUGAAUCCCUUCAUCUGCAGCCUGAGGAACCAGGAGGUGAGGAAGGCACUGAAGAGACUGGUAAAGAGACAGACAGCUCCUUAA